AUGAUUACCGGUGUUGUAGAAUAUGUUGAAACUAUGUAUUCUGCAAAAGAAAAAGGUGAUGUUCUUCAGCGUAUUGCUAAACGCUCUGAAUUAUCUGCAAAACAAUUCCAAGUAAUUCUAAAAGCAAUCGAUGACAUUAGCAAUGAUAGUAGCAAAGCAAUUACUCUCAAAACAUUUCUGCUACAUGAGAAAUUUACUGUUCAACAUUUGGAUGUCGUCCUUUCAGCUGCAGGAUCAAUGUACUCCAGUGACGAUAAACAAAGCGUUUUUAACGAUUUGAUUUGUAAUCGUUAUUUGGAAGCCCGGCAUUUCCCAUCGAUCUUAAAUGGAAUUCAGGAGAUUAGCAAUGAUUCUCACAAAAGUAGUGUUUUGUGUAAACUUGAUCCAAAGCUGCCAAAAAAUGAUGCUAAUUUGAGGCAAGCAUACCUGAUGGCUGCUGAUUCGAUAUAUCCGUCUAAAGACAAAGCAGCAACAACAAUGGCGUUGAUGUAA